GGGAGAUAAAGAAAAAGGCAACCAUGGGAAAGAGAGUGGCCAUCAUUGGAGCUGGCGUCAGUGGCUUGGCCACCAUCAGAAGCUGUCUGGAAGAGGGGCUGGAGCCCACCUGCUUUGAGAGAAGUGAAGACAUUGGGGGCCUAUGGAAAUUCUCGGACCAUGCAGAGGAAGGCAGGGCUAGCAUUUACCAUUCUGUCUUUACCAACUCUUCCAAAGAGAUGAUGUGUUUCCCAGACUUCCCGUAUCCCGACGACUUCCCCAACUUUAUGCACAACAACAAAAUCCAAGAAUACAUCACUGUAUUUGCCAAGGAAAAGAAUCUCCUGAAAUACAUACAAUUUAAGACACUUGUCUCUGGUGUAAAAAAACGUCCUGAUUUCUCAGUCACUGGACAAUGGGAUGUUACCACUGAAAGGGAUGGUAAAAAAGAAUCCACUAUCUUUGAUGCUGUAUUAAUUUGUUCUGGACACCACGUGUACCCCAACCUACCAAAAGAGUCCUUUCCAGGACUAAAACUUUUUAAAGGCAAAUGCCUCCACAGCCGGGAAUAUAAGGAACCUGGAAUAUUCAAGGGGAAGCGAGUCCUGGUGAUCGGCCUGGGAAACUCGGGCUGUGACAUUGCCACAGAACUCAGCCACACAGCUAAACAGGUCAUCAUCAGUUCCAGAAGUGGCUCUUGGGUGAUUAGCCGGGUCUGGGAUGAUGGUUAUCCAUGGGACAUGGUGUUUGUCAAUCGAUUUGAAACCUUCCUCAAGAACAACUUGCCAAAAGCCAUCUCUGACUGGUGGUACAAGAAGCAAAUGAAUGCAAAAUUCAAGCAUGAGAACUAUGGUUUAAUGCCUUUAAAUGGAACCCUGAGGAAAGAACCUGUGUUUAAUGAUGAGCUCCCAGCUUGCAUUCUGUGUGGUACAGUGUCCAUUAAGCCUAAUGUGAAAGAAUUCACAGAGACUUCGGCCAUUUUUGAGGAUGGAACAGUGUUUGAAGCCAUUGACUGUGUCAUUUUUGCAACAGGCUAUGGUUAUGCCUACCCCUUCCUUGAUGAGACCAUCAUUAAGAGCAGAAACAACGAGAUCACCUUGUUUAAAGACAUUUUCCCUCCUUCACUGGAGAAGCCAACCUUGGGAAUAAUUGGUUUGGUCCAGUCCCUUGGGGCUGCCAUUCCCACAGUUGACCUGCAAACUCGCUGGGCAGUAAAAGUAAUAAAAGGAACUUGCACUUUGCCUUCUAUAACAGACAUGAUGAAUGAUAUUGAUAAAAAAAUGAGGGAAAAGCUCAAAUGGUUUGGCACCAGCAAGACCAUGCAAACAGAUUAUAUUAAUUAUAUGGAUGAACUUGCCUCCUUCAUUGGGGCAAAACCCAGCAUCCCGUGGCUAUUUCUCACAGACCCCAGAUUGGCUGUGGAGGUUUUCUUUGGCCCUUGCAGCCCAUACCAGUUUAGGCUGGUGGGCCCAGGGAAGUGGCCUGGAGCCAGAAAUGCCAUCCUGACCCAGUGGGACCGGACCCUGAAACCCAUGAAGACCAGAGCUGUCGGAACCCCUCUGAAGCCUUGCUUGCUUUGCCGUUGGGUCAGGCUCCUUGCUCUUCCCAUUCUGGUUAUCGCUGUUUUCCUGGCAUUGAUCCAGUGAUCAUUCUCCCCAAGAUUCUGAAAGUUACUGACAAUACCUGGGGAGGAACUUUUCUAUUUAAAAAUUAAGAAUUUCACACCUCCUACUUUCCUAUUCA